AUGGGUUCUCUUGACUCCACCCCGUUCCCCGUCCUGGACGACACCCGGCCGGAGGACAACUCCCUCCCCGCCUUCAUGGUCUCCACCACCCGCGGCUUCUUGCCCCGUGCGGAUCCCGUCGCCGUGCUGCCGGCCGAGUUCCAACCCCUUGAAGACAUCUUGGCCAACAUGCCUGUGAAGAAGCUCGACGGUACUCCGGGUUACUUGGCUUCAUCCAAGCUGGGUGACGUCGUCGAGAAGGAGUUCCCCAACCUCACAGAGCACAUUGACAAGUACAAGGAGAACCUGCCCCUGAUGAACGCUCUCUACCGCGAUUACUCUUUCCUUGCCUCUGCUUAUCUGCUCGAGCCCUGCCAUGAGCGUUUCGUCAGAGGCGAGGGGUACGGUCUCGGUCGUCAGGUUCUCCCCAAGAACAUCUCCCUACCUAUCGCUCGUUGUGCCGAGAUCACCGGUUUCAAGCCUUGGAUGGAGUACGCCGGCUCGUAUGCCCUCUACAACUACCGCCUCGCCGACCCUGCCAAGGGCAUGGACUACGACAACAUCCGCCUCAUCCGCGCCUUCGAGCACGGCCUGGACCCCAAGUCCUCCGAGGCAGGCUUCGUCCUCGUCCACAUCGACAUGGUCAAGAACACUGGCCCCCUCGUCAAGGGCACCAUGGCCGCGCUCCGCUGCACGUCCCGCGCCGGCUCGAUCGACCGCGCCUCCCUCAACCAGGGGCUCUCCGAGGUCCUCGCCUCGCUGCGCAAGAUCAACCACACCAUGGAGACCAUGUGGGACAAGUCGCGCCCGCAGAGCUACACCUCCUUCCGCACCUUCAUCUUCGGCAUCACCAGCCAGAGCAUGUUCCCCAACGGCGUCGUCUACGAGGGCGUCAACAAUGACGAGCCCAUGUCCUUCCGCGGCGAGUCCGGCGCCAACGACUCCAUCGUGCCCCUCAUGGACAACCUCCUCCAGGUCCCCAUGCCCGACACCCCGCUCACCGAGAUCCUCAAGGACUUCCGCUCCUACCGCCCCAGCAACCACCGCCAGUUCCUGCUGCACGUCAAGGACCGCUCGCUCGAGCUCGGCCUCAAGGACGCCGCGCUCGCCGGCAAGACGCCCGCCGCCGCGCUCGCGAGCGACGACGAGGUCGAGGCCCUCAAGCAGACCCGCCGCCUGUGGCUGCUGAUCCUCCACCAGGUGCGCGACUUCCGCUGGCGCCACUGGUGCUUCGCGCGCGAGUACAUCCUCAAGCGCACCAGCCACCCGACGGCCACCGGCGGCAGCCCCAUCGUCACCUGGCUGCCCAACCAGCUCGAGGCCGUGCUGUCCGAGAUGGAGAACCUCUACACGGAGCUCGGCGGGCGCGAGGGCGAGUGGGACCUCGGCGAGGAGAUGCGGGACGUCAUGGACCUCGUGUCGCGGCAGAAGGAGACGCUGAGAAAGGAGGUGUCCAAGUACUGUGCGGAGAGGGGCGUCAAUCCUCACACUGCUUGA